CACACACACACACACACACACACACACACACACACACACACACACACACACAGAGCUCAAUUUAAUUUUUUCCGCAUUUGAUGUUGAAAUAAUGGAGAAGACAAUUGUUCAAGACAAAAGUGUGCUAUUUUGCGUCGAAUGAUUCACAGUCAUGUGUCGUCAUUCAACCUCGCUCUUGGUACACCAAAGAUGGCCGCCCUUGAAGACUGGUCGUCCACUAUAUAAUCAACAUAUUUCCGAAUAAAAACACUCAAUGAAUUCACCGUUCAGUUAAGUAGCCUCAGACACGCUUAUCUAAACAAAAACCGAUGAUGAGAAAAUACCGAUGCCCGUCGUAACAUUAUCACUCGACCGCCGCCAUCUUGGGUGUACCGCCUCGCCGACCAGUCAACGGCGAGCAUUUGCCGGGGAAUGCCCUCCUUAUCUCCCCGGGUCACAUGGCCACAGAUCCUCGGCGCGUCAUAAGGAUGCGGUCGGCCAGAGCCGGGCACCAUCCAAGCCCUCCUCGGCCCACUGCUUGACCAUAUGUCCACAACCGUGAAGGACGAGGCCCCCGCUCUGCUCUGACCGCCAUGGCCGCCCCUAGCACGGCCCCCGCCGCCGCCAACGGCCAACGCUUCCUCAUCCUGUUCGACUUCGACGAGACCAUGAUCGCGGAGAACAGCGACGACGCGGUGGUCCGCGCCGCCCCCGGCCAGCGGCUCCCCGACUGGCUGGUGGCGGCGUACCGCGAGGGCCACUACAACGAGCACAUGCAGCGCGUGCUUUCCCACCUGGCCCAGCAGGGCGUCGGCGAGGACGCCAUCCGCGCGGCGCUGGAGAAGAUCCCGCCCACGCCGGGCCUGGCCGCCCUCUUCCAGUUCCUGCGCGCCCACCCGCACGACUACGAGGCGGUGGUGGUGUCGGACGCCAACACGUACUUCAUCGAGACGUGGCUGCGGCGCUUCGGCGCGCUGCCGCUCUUCCGCCGGGUGUUCAGCAACCCGGCGGGCUUCGACGCCGCCGGGCGCCUGGUGCUGCGGCCCUUCCACGCGCACGCCUGCGCCCGUUGCCCCGACAACAUGUGCAAGCAGGUGAUCCUGCGCGAGUACCUGGCGCGGCGCCAGGAGGAGCGCGGCGGCCGGGCCUUCCAGCAGGUGCUGUACGUGGGCGACGGCGCCAACGACGUGUGCCCGUCCCUGGCCCUGGGGCCCGGGGACGUGGUGUUCCCCCGCAGGGACUUCCCCAUGCACCGGCUCAUAGAGGCGGCGGCGGGGGGCGGUGGCGGCGCCGGGGGCGGGACGGCGCCCCUGAAGGCCCAGGUGGUCCCCUGGAGCAGCGGGGAGGACGUGGUGGCCUGCCUGCAGACACUGGGGAAGGAGAGAUGAGGGGGAGGGGGAGGAGGCCGUGUGUGUGAAAAAGAGACAGGUUAAAGGAGCAAUAAGGAGAGCGAAGGAGAGUGUGUGUGUGUGUGUGUGUGUGUGUGUGUGUGUGUGUGUGCGUGUGCGUGUGUGUGUGUGUGUGUGCGUGUGUGUGUGUGUGUGUGUGUCGGCUAGAGAAAGAGAAAGAGAGGCCACUUGUAAGAGCAAGAUAGAGAGGGGGAGAGGAUGAAGGAGUGUGUGUGUCAGAGAUUAGAGGGCUCGAGCGCGUUAGAGUGGACGAGGCGAGUACCCUCAGUAUAUAUGCAUGAUUACAUCCCAGCUCACCUAGAAACCUAAAAGACAUUUACCAAGACAAAUAUUAUCACAGUAUGAUUGUAUACCCAGCAACCCCCAUAGAGAGGAUUACGUUUUCUACUGCAUGAAAAAAAAUCAACCUGAAUCAAUCCUUUGUAACUGCAGCCAGACAAAGGGAAGCAUUUUAGCUUUUGUAAUGCUUACUUUAUGAGCUUAUACAAUUAAAACAGUAGUUUAUUGUAAUACAACCCUUUAAAACCACUCAAUAUAACAUUCUAUAGCUCUUUUUCCCAGGUAUACGUAUCAAACCACCUCAAACUUUUUUGCUACACUAUAAACGCAGAUUAAAUCACCCAUUUGACUUUUCAGCCUUGUAUUAAAUACUUGUACUCUAGGAAUUCAGCUAGUACUAUUCACUAGUAGAGGGAGAAAUAUUGUGAAGCAGUAUUGAAACAAGCUCGUAAGGAAUAGAGAAAGGUUAGAAACGGUCUAUUUGAUGUAUCCUUUAUUCUGAGGUGGGACAGCUUCUAGCCAUGGUCUCUGAGGGGUUUUGGUUGAUGGAGGGGGGGGGGGGGGGGGGGGGGGAUUUCAAUCAAAUGCCAUCAACCUCCCACUCACCCCUACUUGCCCAUCCUUUUGUUUAUAUACAUUUGGUCUUUCAAAGGCCCCCCGUUUAGACUCUCAGACAGCUAACGGCCCUCUAAACACUAAGCAUUAGUCUGUCUUUUAUGCAGUAUUUCUGACCAUUUCCCAUUCAAAUCCUCUCAGUAUUCUGGAGGUUCUUUAGAUUGGUGGCAACAAAGACAGAGAGAGAGAGAGGGGGGGGGGGGGGGGGGGGGGCUGUUUGUGGUUCCUUGGCUCCCCACCCCAAGAAAGCAUCACACAGCUACCCGUGGUUAAUUAUUCAUUUGAAUCCAAGACAACAAGCAUGGAUUACAAGCUCAAUGUGCUCACAUACACACAAGGACAAACACAAACGCACACACAGAGUACGUGCAAGCCUUUACUCUCAGUGUUGACACGUCAUCUGGGUGCUGAGAAGGUGGCAGCGUAAUGAACACCGACAGGGUGCCACCAGCGAACCAAAGGAACACGACCGCUACCCUUGACAAGUGCUGGUCUUUUCUAUUUCCUCUGUCCCACACCAGCCUACAACUCGCCAUAAGUAGUUUGUUGGGUUUGUAGACAAGCAGAAAUUAAAAGCUAGCUACUGUGCUGGCACUUUAAGUCGUUGUGGAUGGGGUGAGGGAGGCUAGGUCUCGAGGUAGAACCAGAAAGGUUCUAAGUUUCGAUUCCUUGGUUCCUUGGCGUUUGUGUGAGGGGGGAAGGUCGUGUUGUAUUGUGUUCACCCCCUGAGCUUCGACACUGCAAACCCUCAAAACGUAGACAUGUUUGGCUUGAUUAGAUGCUCAGUGUUUGUGUGAUGUGUGUGUGUGUGUGUGUGAGACGGGUUCAUUUUGCAUUGCCCUCCACAAUCAGCUGCAGAUAGGCUCCAAAGUCUCAGAGUGUAUAUUUUUUUAAAUGUCAUAGUUCCUUUCUUUGAGGUAGUUGUCAGGUAUAUAUAAGUAAGUAAAACAAACAUCUAGGUUGAAAUAACCUAACCUUGAUGCGUGUUUGUAUACAAUAUUUACAGGUAAUUGGUAAAAAAGUGGUUGUGUUCUUAAAAUCAAAUGGCCGGGAUUACUGUAUGCCUGUAAAACGAUAUAGUAGUAUGAAUCUGUUAAAAGGAAAGCUUUUAUUUUACAUUGCAGAAAAAUAAAAUAAUGUUAUGUAUUAUGCGUGCAAAAAUUCACAACAGAUCUAUGUACCUGCUUUUUACUCUUCAUUCCUUAACCUUUAAGCAACAUUGAAUUUGCACUCCUUGCUGUUCAUGAGAGAAGGGUUAACGAGUGAAUAUUAAGGUAUUCAUAUUGGGAGUAUUAUACAAAGAUUUACAGCCUUCGGAACGAUGUUAAUCCAUAUUAAGAAUUGUUUUUGCUGUUUGCUUGUGUAAACGGGUUGUUUUGGCAAACCAGUUCACUGCCGGGUUCAUGAUCAAUUGAAACCAGGGCAAACACAAGGUAGAUUUCCAGAGACAGAAGAUACAAUAAAUGUGAUUGAAUAACCCAUUGCAAGUGAUGAGGUGUAAUCUUCUGCAUGGACUUUGACCGUCUGGUAAAAUGGAGGAAGCCUCAUCACCUUAUCCGUAAAUUAUCUGUGAAAGAGGAAGCUAAAGGUACGGAAGCUUUAGUGUUUAUGGUGCUCCACCUAUUAGGACUCAACAAGGGACAUUUGUUAUGACUUGAAUUGACCUGUGUGUGGCGUGUGUAAGUGUGUACACCUGCAAGUUCUGCAAGAACCAUUGCAAUAAUUCAUGUGACAUUGUGGUGAAAACAACUAAAGGGAAACCCUCAAAACGGUAUACAAGUUACAGUUUAUUUACACUGUACUUUUUAAUGUACAAUGCUGAUGUGUAAUGAGGAAAAUCACCAGUCUUCAAGAUCACAUUCUUUAUCAGGGGGAAAACACACACUAUGUAUUCUGUAAUCAAUGACAUGUUUCAUCGAAGAUCAUUAUGGAUUAUUGAUUGGCAAACAUUUGUGUUGGUAUUAAUAAGCUUAAAUUGCCAAAAUAUACCUAUGGCACUUACAUCUACAUUGAUGUGUCUGCUUACUGAUUCUGAGUUUUGUGCAAUAAUUUCAGUGCAGAAUACUUGACAUGCAUGUUGAGACAUUCGGUGUUUGCUAAAUACACUUGUGCAUAUGCAUAUUUGCAUCCUGAAUAGCUUUACAAAAUCUUUAUUUAUGUUCCUGAUUUAUUUAAUGGGCCACAAACCGUAGGCAACUAAAUUGUAUAAUCAUGACCCACUAAAAGGCUGUAUUAUGAAAUGAUUUAAAUAAUUUAUUGAAAUGAUACAUUUGUUUAAUGACAGUUGCAGCUAUCAUAUAGCAAUACAGCAACUGUUUUUUGACUUUCCAUUGUCUUUAAAGUAUGGUUAUUUAGCCAAAAUGAACAAAUGUGUGUCUGUUUAAAAUAUAUCACUGUAAUGUAAAGGAAUUUAAGCCAUUACCUAAUUAAAUCCCUUAAUCCCA